AUGCCCAAGCCACGGACGAAACGAGGCGCUGACCGUGAAGAACGGAAGCGCAAGAGAAGAGGCGAAGAUGCUGACGAAUCCAAGUACGAGUCCAAACGCCGACGCCGCAUGGCGGACGAAUUGCAGCUACGCGAUCAGCAGGACACCCCAAUCGAAGAAUACCAACAGCAGCAGAAUGGCCCGACAGAGUUCUUCGGUAUGCUGGCCGACGAAGAGCAGGAAUACUUCAGGAGAGCCGACGAAAUGCUCGAAUUGAACCAAUUUCCCACCACCGAGGACCGAGAUAUCUUCCUAGAGAGCGUGUUCAAAGAGGCCCAAGGCAAGGAGCUCAAGCUCGCGAGUAGCCAGUCUUGCUCACGGCUGAUGGAGCGCCUAAUCCAACUGUCAAAUACGAAGCAGAAGAAAAAUCUCUUCAAUGCGUUCGGCGGCCACUUUUUGUCCCUCGUGCAGCACCGAUUCGCCAGCCAUUGCUGUGAGGCGCUCUUUCUACGCUCUGCGGGUAUCGUGACACAGGAGCUUGCUGGGUUCACGAUGGACAUCAAGGGCGCGAGAGCCGACGAACACCAACCGGAAGCGUCUAUGGAAGAAUUGUUCCUGGCGACACUGGAUGAGUUGGAAGGCAACCUGAGCUACCUGAUAACCGACCGCUUUGCGUCUCACACUCUGCGAGUUCUGCUCCUGGUUCUAUCGGGCCGGCCCCUGGACGACGUGUCCGUCAAGACACUCAUGAAGAGCAAGAAGAAGGAGAACAUCUCGGUUGCUGGCUCAGCAGCUGCUGAUGAGCAAAACAAGGGACUGCGGGCCGUACCGGGCUCAUUUACGCUGGCAGUGCAGAAGAUCAUAGCCGAUUCAACAGCGGGCGUCGGCUCCACGGGUCUCCGCGUCCUCGCAAGACACCCCAUAGGCAAUCCAACGCUGCAGCUCCUCCUCGAGCUGGACAUGGCCCUCAACAAGACGGACAAGAAGCCAUCGGAGCCGUCAGGGCCUGAGACCGCACCGCCCUCUCUCCUCCAGCUCCUCCUCCCCGGCGCACCAAAAUCCCUUUCCGACCCGGCCUCGGAAGCAUCCGAAUUCAUCAACGGCAUGAUCUACGACCAAAUCGGCUCCCGCCUCAUCGAGACCCUCGUCGCACAUUGCCCCGGCAAGGUCUUCAAACCGCUCAACCACAACUUCUUCCUGCCCAGGAUAGAAGUCUAUGUGCGCAACGACAUCAGCUGCUACCCCGCCAUCAAGGUGCUCAACCGCAUCGGCAAGGACGAUCUCGUCACGGCGGCGGACAAGAUCGCCCCAACGGUACCACAACUCGUUUCCAAAACGAGAUACAACGUCCUCCGUGCCCUAUUCGAGCGCUGCUUCGCGCGCGGCAUCAACGACCAGGUCAAGAAACUCACCAAGGGCCUCAAGGAAGGCAGCGGCUCCCAGCCCGCCGACCUAGUCACCACCCUCUGCCACCUCUCAGAACCAGCCAAAUCAAAAGACGAAGUCACACGAAACGAAUACGCCGUGCAGUCUCACGGCGCAGCCCUGCUCACAACUCUACUCUCCAUCCCAGGGUCCCUCAAAGCCGUCCACGAAUCCAUCCUCGCCCUCCCAACCCCCCAGCUCCUCCGCCUCGCAACAACCUCGAUGCCAACCGUCACGCUCCUCACAACCGCCCUCUCAACGCCCUCCCAGAACUCUCUCUUCCAGAAAUCCCUCGUGGCCACGGUUUCCCCCCACCUCGCCGAGUUAUCCACCUCCCAAUCCGGCCACAACCUCGUCAACAGCAUCGCCGACGUCCCUAGCAAAGGCAAAGACUUCAGCAUCCCCUUCCACGUCAAGGAAUCCAUCAUGCAGCGCCUUGCAAACCAGGAAGCCGAACUGCGAGAGAGCUGGAUGGGCAGAAGCGUAUGGCGUACCUGGAAGGGCGACAUGUGGAAGACGAGGAGGGGCGAUUGGAAGACGUGGAUGAGGGAGAUUGAUGCUCAGCCAACGCGGCCUGUGACGCACACGAAGGGACGAGAUGAGGGGGAUAAGCACAAUCCCACGGAGGAAGCAGGGUAG